AUGAAAAUAUCAACAUUACUUGAUCAAGAUGAAAUAAAAGAAGAAAAGAAAAUAGGAGAAGGAUCAUUUGGAAUUGUUUAUGUUGGAGAAUUUAGAGGAAAUAAAGUAGCAAUUAAGAAAAUGAAACAAAUUGAAGAAAAUGAAGAUAAAAAGAAAGAAUUUGAGAAAGAAGUAGCAAUGUUAGAUAAAUUUCGAGAUGAAUAUAUCAUUCAAUUUUAUGGAACAGUAUUUAUUCCUAGUAAAAUAUGUAUGGUAACAGAAUAUGCAGAAUAUGGAUCAAUACAAGAUAUAAUGAAUAAAAGAAAAAUUACAGAAAUAUCAAAGAAAAUAAGAAUCAAAUUUAUGAUAGAUGGAGCAAAAGGAAUAUCAUAUCUUCAUUCAAAUGGAAUAUUACAUCGAGAUAUUAAACCAGAUAAUUUUCUUGUUGUAUCACUUGAUGAUAACAUUGAAGUUAAUUGUAAAUUAACGGAUUUUGGAAGUGCAAGUGAAUAG